GAAAAUAGGAAACGCAUGCUCGAAAUUUCCAUGUUUAGGGGUUGCAUUGGUGGAAAUCGCUAAGGCGCAUGAUAAUAUAAACGAGCAUCAUAGUCUGUGGAAAAUGCAUUAGUCGAGCAUUUCGUCCACACAGUACCAUCGUUCAGGUGCAUUGCAUGUGUAAAAUGUAAAUACACCACUUUUAUUGUACCCCCAGACGUACGGAAUCUAUAUGAACCGCACAGGAACGACCAGAAAAUGAAUCCGAGGAGCCUCAGUUUCACCGUCUACAUGUUCAUCGGUCUGACAUGUCAAGCUCUUUAUGGAUAUGGGGACGAUAAUGCAAACAUAAGUGGAGAAGAGAUAAUGGACACUACGUAUCAACCAGAUGAGGAAAUUGUUGGAAGACCUCCAGAUUCACACGAAGCCAUGAAUAAUAGAGAACUGAAACCGAAAUUAACAACCAGCGAAGGCGGGGAAAGGAAAAAGCGGAGCUACGAAUUUCUUAUGGGUCUGGUGAAGAGGAACAGUUCGGGAUACGAGGUUACGAAGAAUGUACCAGAAAAAGCGGAGCACGAAGCGAAAGCCAGCGAGAUGCUUCUUGAGCUGAUGAUAAAGAUUGCGGAGAAUCCGCAGCAGUGGACCAAAGUCCAUAACUUGUUACAAAAAAUCGACGAAGAUUUGGCGAAAUCUAAAGAACUGCUGGAGAAAAUGAAUGUUAAAGUGGAGGAUCGAGUGGUUCAGACGAAAACUGAAGUACCAGUUGAUACCAAGGUGAAUUGGUUGAGUCAGAACGAGACUGAGACGAAGAACGUGACUGAAGCUGCUGUGGUGUCCUCGGAGAUGAAACCAAGCAAAAAUCGCUAUCAGCACUUCUCAUAUCAUAGGGUUACUGGUAAUCCGAUGCAGUUCAAUAAGAAUCCCAAGGCUUACAUAGCGGUCUCAGUCAUUGCUCCGAAGCCUGUACAGAGGAACUCCGAGGAUGAUCUAACGCUGGAGAACGAGCUGAAAGAAUUAAAGCCGUGGACGCACCAGCAAAAUCUCAAGAAUAUGGCACAGAUCAGAUCAAAGUGGAUCAUACAGUCCAACGAUAGAAAGCAAUUAUACGCACCUUAAUUUAUUUUAUAUAAUAUUUUUUAUUUAAACUCGUGUAUUAUAGUCUCUAAUCUUAAACAGAUUCAAUAGCGAAGGAAUCUAUGAACAUACGAAAAGAAAAAAAAGA